GGUUGUGCGCCAACCGGGAGGGAGGGUCCGCCUGUGCCGGCCCGAGGUGGGGCCCCGCGGACGGCGACAGGCGCCGCAUCCUGGGAACGCCGCGCCUCGGGACCCGAGGGACUCUGGGACGCCCGCCCGGAGGCGGGGGCCGCGCUGCGGAGCCGCCCACGGCGCACAGGAGCCUGAGUUGGCAGGAUGGGUGUCAGGACGUGCUGAUCUCCCCUGAGGACAGCUGGCGGGCGCCCUGGUCAUGGAGGACUGCAACGUGCACUCGGCCGCCAGCAUCCUGGCUUCGGUGAAGGAGCAGGAAGCCCGCUUCGAGCGGCUGACACGAGCACUGGAGCAGGAGCGGCGCCAUGUUGCCCUGCAGCUGGAGCGUGCCCAGCAGCCUGGUGUGGGCAGUGGUGGCAUGGGCAGUGGGCAGCCCCUGCCGAUGGCCUGGCAACAGCUGGUCCUGCAGGAGCAGAGCCCAGGCCACCAGGCCUCGCUGGCUGCCAUGCCAGAGGCACCCGAGGUGCUGGAAGAGACGGUGACAGUGGAGGAGGACCCCGGCACACCCACGUCUCACGUGUCCAUUGUCACGUCCGAGGACGGCACAACCCGGCGCACCGAGACCAAGGUUACCAAGACGGUCAAGACGGUGACCACGCGGACGGUACGCCAGGUGCCCCUGGGUCCAGACGGACUCCCCCUACUGGACGGUGGCCCCCCGCUGGGCCCUUUUGCUGAUGGCCCCCUGGACCGGCAUUUCCUGCUGCGUGGUGGUGGCCCGGCGGCCACACUCUCCCGAGCCUACCUCAGCAGCGGGGGCGGCUUUCCCGAUGGCCCUGAGCCCCGGGACGGCCCCAGCUAUGGCAGCCUGUCGCGAGGGCUGGGUGUGCGGCCCCCACGCACUGGCCCCCUUGGCCCGGGCCCUGCUGAUGGAUGCUUCACACUGCCGGGCCGCCGUGAGGCCUUCCCUGCUGGCCCUGAGCCCGGGCCACCCGCUGGCCGCUCCCUGCCUGAGCGCUUCCAGGCAGAGCCGUAUGGCUUGGAGGACGACACCCGCAGCCUGGCCGCCGAGGACGAGGGCGGCCCCGAGCUGGAGCCUGACUAUGGCACAGCCACACGGAGGAGGCCUGAGUGUGGGCGGGGCCUUCGCACCAGGGCCUAUGAGGACGCGGCGGAUGACGGUGGCGAGCUGCUGGAUGAGCGGCCUGCGUUCCCAGCGGUGACGGCACCCCUGGCCCAGCCGGAACGGGGCAGCCUGGGCAGCCUGGACCGACUGGCCCGUCGCUCACCCUCAGUGGACAGCACCCGCAAGGAGCCACGCUGGCGGGACCCCGAGCUUCCUGAGGUGCUGGCCAUGCUGCGGCACCCUGUGGACCCCGUGAAGGCCAACGCGGCCGCCUACCUGCAGCACCUGUGCUUUGAGAACGAGGGUGUCAAGCGGCGCGUGCGGCAGCUGCGGGGCCUGCCACUGCUCGUGGCACUGCUGGACCACCCUCGGGCCGAGGUGCGGCGCCGGGCCUGCGGGGCGCUGCGCAACCUCUCCUACGGCCGCGACGCUGACAACAAGGCCGCCAUCCGGGACUGCGGUGGCGUGCCUGCCCUGGUGCGCCUGCUGCGGUCUGCCAGGGACAGCGAGAUCCGGGAACUUGUCACUGGCACGCUCUGGAACCUGUCGUCCUAUGAGCCCCUGAAGAUGGUCAUCAUUGACCAUGGCCUGCAGACACUGACCCACGAGGUCAUCGUGCCCCACUCAGGCUGGGAGCUCGAGCCCAACGAAGACUCCAAGCCACGGGAUGCCGAGUGGACGACCGUCUUCAAGAACACGUCAGGUUGCCUGAGGAAUGUGAGCUCAGAUGGCGCCGAGGCCCGGCGGCGACUCCGGGAAUGUGAAGGGCUGGUGGACGCGCUCCUGCACGCGCUGCAGUCGGCUGUGGGCAGGAAGGACACGGACAACAAGUCAGUGGAGAACUGCGUGUGCAUCAUGCGGAACCUGUCGUACCAUGUGCACAAGGAGGUGCCUGGGGCCGACAGGUACCAGGAGGCCGAGCCUGGGCCCCUGGGCAAUGCAGCGGGCCCCCAGCGCAGGAGGCGGGAUGACGCCAGCUGCUUCGGUGGCAAGAAGGCCAAAGGGAAGAAGGACGGUGAGCUGGACCAGAACUUUGACACGCUGGACCUGCCCAAGAGAACCGAAGCUGCCAAGGGCUUUGAGCUGCUGUACCAGCCUGAGGUGGUACGUCUUUAUCUCUCCCUCCUCACCGAGAGCCGGAACUUCAACACUCUCGAGGCCGCCGCCGGCGCCCUGCAGAACCUCAGCGCGGGCAACUGGAUGUGGGCCACCUACAUCCGGGCCACCGUGCGCAAGGAGCGCGGGCUCCCGGUGCUUGUGGAACUGCUGCAGUCCGAGACCGACAAGGUGGUGCGCGCGGUCGCCAUUGCUUUGCGCAACCUCUCGCUGGACCGGCGCAACAAGGACCUCAUCGGGAGCUACGCCAUGGCAGAGCUGGUGCGCAACGUGCGUAAUGCGCAGGCGCCGGCUCGACCCGGGGCCCGCCUGGAGGAGGACACCGUGGUGGCAGUGCUGAACACCGUCCAUGAGAUAGUGUCCGACAGUCUCGACAACGCGCGCUCGCUGCUGCAGGCCCGCGGUGUUCCUGCACUCGUGGCCCUCGUCGCCUCCAGCCAGUCCGUGCGCGAGGCAAAGGCGGCAUCGCACGUGCUGCAGACGGUGUGGAGCUACAAGGAGCUGCGCGGCGCUUUGCAGAGGGACGGCUGGACUAAAGCGCGCUUCCAGUCUGCAGCUGCUGCUGCUAAGGGACCCAAGGGGGCACCGAGCCCUGGGGGCUUUGAUGACAGUACGCUGCCCUUGGUGGACAAGAGCCUUGACAGUGAGAAAACAGGCAGCCGAGACGGGAUCCCCAUGGAUGCACUCGGCCCAGAUGGAUACUCCACGGUGGACCGGCGGGAGCGGAGGGCUCGGGGCGGUGGCUCUGCAGGGGAGGCCUCUGAGAAUGAGCCUUUGAAACUCGACCCUGGCAGAAAGGCCCCUCCCCCUGGGCCCAGCAGGCCCGCGGUCAGGCUGGUGGACGCCGUGGGGGACGCUAAGCCUCAGCCCGUUGACUCCUGGGUCUAGCUUGCAUGCCUGGGCCCAGGCCCAGCCGCUUGUUCUUAGGGAUUGGAUCACCCGCGAAGGGCCGUCCUGAGCAGACCCUGGGUGGAGCUCACAGCCCCCUGGCGGCAGGGGUUGGCAGCACCUCUGGUCCGAGCCAGGGCCCGACAUUGUGGGCACCCUCACUCCCUCCCUCUGCUCUCCCCACCUGCCCCCCUAGGCCUGAGUUAGCUGUUUACUGACAGGGUGCUGUGUGUGCGCUCCAAUCUCCAGAUAAGGCCGGUUCGGCUGCCAGGGCGGGGCCCAGGGAGGCGCAGGGGAUGGCGCUUGGCUGCGCUUUGGGGCUGGUGGGAUAGGAGAGCAGAGCGUGCCCCUGCGUAAACAGUGCCUGAGAAGAGCGGGCUGGACCUGGGGUGGAGGCCCCAGGGGCGCGCAGCCAAGCAGGGAGGGGGGCAAGGGAAAGAGGUUGGACUUGGAGGGUGUGGGCGCUCCCCUGGGCCACCCUGCACCUAGGCAGACCACAGAGGGAGGCCUGGCCCCAGGAAAGGCUUUGAAGACAGCAAGAUGGGGGCCAGUCUACACGUGCCCCCUACCGCCCGUGGAGUCCUGCAGACGCGUGGGACCCUGUGCAGUGAUGCCCUUACCUGCGCUGAUUCUGGUGGGGCUGAGGCUGCAACAUCCACCCAGAACCCUGAGUAGCAGCGGCGGCAGGGGGAGUGCUGUUCAGUGCCUGCUGUUUGUGAUUUAAAAACAGAAGAAAAACACUGACAAAAAGCAUUAAAAAUGAAACCAAAAUAAGACUGUAUUGGUAAACAUCUAAAUUUUUGUAACAAAAUUUAAAAAUUAAAAAAAUGCGACAAAGGAA